AUGGGUCGUUCGCGAGUACUUUCUCUGAUGUCGGUGUUCGGGGGCUCGUCCCGCAAAGACAACCUCGGACAGCAUCAUCGGACAUCGUCGGCCUCCCUCACACUGAACAAUCCUCCGAAAAGAUUAGAUACACCUUCUUCGGACACCCCUUCGCCUCUCGAUGCUUCGCCGAUAAGUGGGACUCCAAACACCGAACGACGAGUCCUAUCGCGGCCUGAGUCGGCAUUGUUUUCUCACACUCCUCCGUUGCUGGAGCUUUCGCAGGAUACACUUCCAGAGCUUCAGCCAAUCUUCGGAUAUCUAAACACCCAUGCCAAUAAGUUAUACCACGAGGGGUACUUCCUAAAAUUGAAUGAUUUGGACAUCCAUGGCCGGCCCUGUUCUGAUCGACAGUGGGUUGAAUGCUAUGCGCAACUUGUCGGCACUGCUCUUUCUCUAUGGGAUGCCACAGCGCUGGACGCCGCAGAAGAAGGGGAAGAUGUCAACCCUACUUUCAUUAACCUGGCAGACGCUUCAAUAAAGAUGCUUGAAACACUGCCUACAAGAAACCAAGAGACCCAGGCCCUGAAGAACAUAUUAAGUAUAUGUUCCGCGGGCCAAAAUCGGUAUCUUUUGCAUUUCAAUUCCUUCCAUUCUUUGACACAGUGGACGGCAGCUAUACGUCUGGCUUUGUUCGAACACACGUCAUUAUACGAGGCGUAUACGGGUUCGAUCAUCGCGGGGAAAGGCAAAGGUCUCAACAAUAUCCGGUCCAUCUUGGAACGUCACCGUCACAAACACGAGGAUUGGGCUCGUGUGCGAUUUGGAGCAGGCACACCCUGGAGACGGUGCUGGUUUGUUAUCACUCCACCCAAUGAGAAAGAGUUCCAGAAGGCGCAAAAGUCAAUCAAGAAGAAGUCGGCAUAUGAUCGUGCGCCCAGACUGAUUACGGGCGACAUCAAGUUCUACGAUACGAAGAAAACCAAGAAGGCGAGGCCUAUUGCGACUAUUACUGAUGCAUACGCUGCUUACGCUAUUUACCCUCAGUCAAAAGCCUUGAUUGAUCAGUCGACCUUGGUCAAGAUUGAAGGAAAGAUUACGAUUCAUUCACAACCAGAGUCGACUACAGAUGGGUUUGUGUUUGUCAUGCCCGAAGUUCAUCCUGCCAUCACUGGGUUUGAGAUGAUGCUCCGAUUCCUCGUACCUACGUUUGACACAUUUAACCUGUACGGGCGACCGACCCGCCUCAUUGCCGCUACCAACCACAUUAAGAGCAUUAUGUUUGCCUUCCCAAAUCAACGGCGCUAUGGUUAUCUUGAUAUCCUAGAUAUUGCUGGUCUGAUGCAGACACCAGGCAGUCAGAAUUGGAGUGAGGCAGAAUGGCGAAAGCAGCUCAAGGAGGCAACGGCACGCCGUAUGGCGGCUUCUGGAAGCAGAACCAGCAGCAUCUCUGCGAGUAAGCCACGUUUCCGAGCCACUACAAUUUCGAACGUGCAAGGCAAUGGGCGCACCGGUCCACAACAGCGCAACUGCACAUCCCCUGAAACCCGGCUGGAUUUCAAUCAGUCUAGUGACGCUGUUUUGCGUGAGGCCCCCAGUGAUGUUUCCAUCUCUCCAAUCCAUCAUGCUCGGGGUUCUUCGGACACUACUGCAUUUUUUUCCAUCAGAAGACAGGCCCAAGAUUCAUCCGCCGACAUUUCUCCACCGUCCUCUAUUCAUGAACUGGUACCGCAUAAUAGUGAACGUCCUGGCACUGGUGCGGUGGACACGGAAAGCGAUGAAAAGCAGCAGGCAGACUCUGACGACGAGGUGCUUGGGCAUCGCUUCCGCUCCCCAUCUCCUCCCUCACCUGUAGUCCAUCCUCCAGCCUUCACACAUGGUCCAGGAGAGAUGCCUGCCACUCGGCCCCAGCCCUCGCCGGACUUGAGAAAAGCCAACAAUAGGAUGUCUGAUGCCACUCUUACACAGCUUCUCGCUGCCUCUGGGAGCAUGAACCUGCUUGGCGCUUCUUUCCCCUCGGGUAGCCACGAAACGAUCAGAGAUUCUAACGAGCCCAGUCCCCUCACAUCAAAUACUGGCUCCGAUCAACAGGGUGCCCCCUCGCUUUUAUCGGAUACGAGCGAUAAGAGAGCUAUCCUUCAGGAGCAAGGCCCACCGACACCUGAGGAUCGUUCAAGCGAUUUCGGCCCGCCGCUGACUAUACCGAAGAGGCAAAGCCUUCGUUUAGAUACCACAAAGGCCGUGAAGCGGAAGCCCGUGGCCGGGCAACAAUUCGGAGAAUCCGACGCUGCGAGUGUUGCAGGAGAGCCUAGUGACGAGGAUCUGCGUCAUACGGUAGACGAAGCGGUUCUGAAUUGGGUCGGAUCCCGCCAGUUUUCGUUCACCUCCCCCGAUAAAGAGAGCCAUCAAGAUGAGGAGAGUGUCUAUGAUGACGCAUCUGCAGCCUCUCCUGAUUAUGCCAGUACUCGAGGGUCCGUCUACAGCAAACGCUCUGUUAAGUCGAUUCCUCGACCCAGGAUGGGGGUCUUGAAGACCGUGGGAUCGGGGCCCCCGAAGCAAGACCUGGUCAUCGGCGAUGCUCAUUACACCGUUGACCAGGCGCAACUAGAGUUUAGUGCUGAAAUUCCGAGCAUCGACUUCGGACCGACCCUAACAUAUCUGCCUACUACUGGACGUCCGAAUACCGGGGACACUCUCAAGAAAUCGGCACAUCAGAGAAGCGACUCGAAUGCAACAGAAAGACAAGAUUCACACGAGGCAGAACGUCGGCACUCUAGGUCUCCAAGUAACAAUAUGAUGUGGCAGCCGGGUAUGGCUGCCCCGCGUCCGUCCACUCCAGGCAGGCUCACAGCGGAGCAGUUCGUGCAACAACGGUCAGCCCCCAGCCCCCCGAACCACGCCCACCACCGAACGCUCUCUUCAACAUCACCCCCUCCUCGGCCUAUCUCUGGCGACUGGGCGAACAAUUCUCGGCCGCAGUCACACUUGUCUGGCAGUCGCGAUGCGCCGCUUCGCCCUCACUCCCGUGGUGCCAGCAGCGUCUUGAACUACAAUGAACUUUCAUCGCAUCUUUCUGCCCGUGAGCAGGAACAUGUAUCUCGGAUGACUGGUGCACCUCUUCUCGAUAUCUCUGGGCUUCACAAGACCCAGGCGUCGCCGGUAAACCCCAUGGGUCUGGUUGGAGCGAUUGAUGCUCGUGAGCGCGAGAAAAAGAGUAUCCGAGAAGGAGUGUCCAACCAAAUGGUGCAGCAUGCAAUUGCACAACGUCAGCAACAUUUUCAGCAGCAGCAAGGUGCUCCAAACAACUCAACACCGGCAUACAGCCAGGGCAACCAUUACAGUGUCUAUAACAUUCCCACCGCGAGCCGCACCUGGGAUGCUCUUAAUCAGGCUUACCAGCCAGAGGAGCCCCGGCGCCAGUCUUGGUACGGGCAGUUCGCGUCGCAGCAGGCGCAAACGCCCCCAGCUUACCAGCAAAGCCAGCCUUUGGGCCAGCAUCCUGGCUAUGUCAGUAAUGCGAACACCAUGCAUUACUGAGUAUGUUCCCGCCCCUCUUUUUUAACCCAUCUCCUUGUCUCCUAUAUCCGAUCAACUUGCUUUUCUUUGCGUGAUUCUCAUGAUCUAGUCCCUUCUUUGCUCUAUCUCUUGCAUUAGCCCGUGAGCUUGUCUUCCAUCUUAGAGGUAGACUUCUAAUGCCUAGAAAGUCACUUGCUAUGUUUCUUGGACG